UGACAUCAAGAUCAAGAUCAAAGUUCGUACAUCGUUGUAUCCAUUUCAGCCUUAACCCAUCAAGUCCGUCACAGCUUGAUCCACAGCGUUGUGUAUAACUCUGUGGCUUGAACCUGGACUGCUGGGGCCUUAGAGCUCGUAGUCCCAUGGCCACCCAACCCCCCAAAAACACCGGAGAAGAAGAGCCUUGAUUAACUUCGACAAUUUCCUGUAAAGUAUAAACAAGUUGGACAUCACGGAUCUGCUCGUGGGGCAGUGGGAUCACCCCUCCUGUGUUCCUUCGUCUCCUUUACGAUGCCAUCCCCGCGGGAGAAGCAUCAUGGAGGUGAAACAUCCAAGAGGACAUCAGACUUCAGCAAGUUGGAGAGUGAGAGCAAGGACCCUCUUGGAUCAUGCACACCAGCAAGUCCAGGCAGCAGUGGUUCCCCUAUCUCUGACGACACCUGUCCCAUCUGUCUGGGCAGCAUAACUGACAAAUGUAUGGCCAACUCUUGCCAUCAUUGUUUUUGUUUAGUGUGUCUCAAGGAAUGGUCUAAACAAAAGGCAGUGUGCCCACUGUGUAAGGAGAGCUUCACUACUAUCAUGUAUGAUAUCAAGUCUGAAAAAGAGUUUCAGGUAUGGAAGGUGCCUAGGAUAGAGCCAAGUGUGUCACUGACCAACUUUCAGGAAUUCUUUGUCUCAGGUAGAAGGUUUUUUGGCUAUAGGACGACAAAUUUUCCUGGAGCAGCUACCCUCCGCCGUCAACAAGGAGGCACAUCACCCAUUGCUGAUGCCAUCCCUUCAGGUCCUCGAGAACGCAGCUCAGCUUCAUACCGUCUGCGAGGCUCCUCUUUUUUUCGAAUUAAUAUUUACAUUAAUAAUGAAUGGGUCCAGCCCAUUGCAGAUAUAACUGGGAGAUAUAGACAAAGCUCACCAGAGCUUUAUCGAGAGCAGCCUGCCCUCACCCAUCGUCUUGUGCCAUGGGUCAAUAGAGAGCUGGCUGCACUUGUGCCUCCUUCCAGGAUUGGACCUGUAUUGACAGAAGUUAUGGAUCUUAUUGAAAGGUAUUCCAUUAAUUCUCGGGAGUUUCGAAGGGCCAUGCGGCCACACCUUGGAAGUCGAACUAAUCACUUUAUUCAUGAAUUUUAUCAUUUUGCUCGAUCUCCAUAUGACAUGGUGGGCCAUGAUCAUGCUGCUCGUUACAUGACACGGUAUGGCUUCAAUGAUGUGGGCAGCAGUGAAAGUAGUAGUUCAGAAGACAGUGAUGCCAUAGUAGAAGUUGAUGUACGAGGGAAUCCAGUUUCCUCCACCUUUAGUAGGGGAUCCCAUCAAAGUUCUGCAGCACCAGAUAAUGUUGAAAGGGAAGAAAUCCUCACCCAAGAAGGAUCUGUGAUGAUUAGUAGUGAUGAAAGUUCCAAUAAUGAAAUUCCACAGCAGUCAAAUUUAUUUGCCCAAGACCCAAGUUUACAGCAGAGCCAUGAAACCAAUAACCCAGAACCUUAUACAUCAGCAGCCAUCACAAUGACACAGCUGCUUGGCCGUGCUAGAAAUUUUCUCAAUUCAGUCAAUGAAGGAGCUUCAACAUCAGUAGCUGAGGGAAGCGCCACAACCAGAAGUAAUGCCAAGAAACCUUUGAAAAGAGAAGUUUCAUCAGAUAGUGAUGAUUCAGAUGCUUGCAUGAUUGUCAAAGAAAUAAGCAAAAGACAGCCAACCCCAGAGGUUAUCACUCUUGAUAGUGAAGAAGAAAAGCACUUUGGGUUAUCAUCAUCCAAAGAUGGUAAAUAUUCAAAAAGGAAAUUUGUUCAUAAUUUAACCCAGAAUGGAAGAGAACCCAGCAACUCCCACACUCACCAGGAGAGAAAAGGGAAAAAGAAACCAUGUCUAAACAGAACAAACUUUCCAAUUUCCUUUAGUCACACCAGUGUUGAUGACCCCUCCAGGCAAUUUAGGAGGGAUCAUAGCUAUUGUAGUGAGCGAGAGACUGAAGAAAUGUUAAGUCGUGAUGUGGGAGGAAGACCUGACCAAUUAUCCACUUCUGAAGUCCACCAACCUGUAGAUCCUUUACAAACUUAUAAGGGCAAACACAAAUGCCACAUCAUAUCAUCUGACAGUGAAACAAACUUCCAAAUGCAACAGAGAGAUAAAAUCAAGCAUAAAGAAAAGAAGUACAAAACAAGGAAGAAUGCUCUAAGGUAUGAAGACCUAAGUCAAGGUGGUUGUGGCUCGAGUUCUUGGCUUGACGUUAAUUCAUCAGCAAGAAAACCCAGGAAAGAUCACAAAUCCAAAGUUAAAAACUCAUCUCAAUCCCUAAAUCGGGUCUCUUCACAACAAAAGCAUAGUUGUGACCAACACCACUUUGUCUCCGAAACAUCAAGUAACAGUUGGUGCAAUUCAGAUGUUAUACGGACACCUUCAUCCAGUUUGAGAGAGAGUUCCUCCAGGGAGGGCCAUGAGCAAGAUGGAUCAUCAAGUGAAUGCUCAUCUAGUUCAAGGAAUUUCCAUAGCAAAGAAAGAAAUGAUAAGCACAGUAGCUCAAAGUCUAAAUAUUUGAGUCGGAGAGGAAAACAUAAAAAGAAAGAUAAAUAUAAGGAGAAAAAUAAGAAAGAAAAGAAACGAAGGCAUAAAAAGAAGUAUAAAUCUAGAAAGAUUGUCAGUAGCUCAAGUUCAGAUUCAGACACUUCAUCAGAUCGGAAGAUUAAUACGUAUAAAAAGAAGAGAAGCAGAAUUGAAGAUUCCAGUAGUUUAACAUCAUCUAGCCAAAGUCAAAAAAGUAAAGGUAGGAAAUUCAGGCACAUUGAAUAUUCCACUUCUGACUAAAUAUAUAUAUAUAUAUAUAUAUAUAUAUAUAUAUAUAUAUAUAUAUAUAUAUAUAUAUAUAUAUAUAUAUAUAUAUAUAUAUAUAUAUAUAUAUAUAUAUAUAUAUAUAUAUAUAUAUAUAUACUCACAUACAUACGUGCAUACGUAGUUUUCCUACUCUGCGAGAAUAUGUUCAACAAAUAGGGUCGCAAAGUGCAAAUUCGCAAAGUAAAAACUAUGCAUUUAAGGCACUCAGCUUUUUCUCACCUUUUCCCUCCCUUUUGUACCUCCUCCCACUCCUCUCCCAUUGCCCUGCCUACAUCAUCACCAUUGCCUCGCCGUAAUUCCUGUGCCUUUUCCUACUUUUUCACACCCUACUGCUGCUGCUCUUCCUCUUCCUCCUCCCACACAUUCUACAUUUACUUUGAACAUCAUAGAGAUCUUCAGUGUGUGUGUGUGUUUGUGUGUGUGUGUGUGUGUGUGUGUGUGUGUGUGUGUGUGUGUGUUCAUUCAUGAAUGAAAUAAUCUACAGACACACAUUAUGACGAUUCCUGCUCGUAAUCAGACCAUAGUGAAUUACACACACACACACACACACACACACUUACAAACACCAUCAUCUUCGAUCCAAUGUUUCUCUCUACGCUGUGUGUGUGUGUGUGUAUUUACCUAGUUGUAUUUACCUAGUUGUAGUUUUACAGGGCCUGGGCAUUAUGCUCGUGUGGUCCUGUCUCCAUAUCUGCAUUUAUCCAACUUAUCUUUAAAGCUUUGCACACUCCUCGCUGAUACUAUAUCCUCGCUCAGACUGUUCCAAACCUCUACAUUUCUUUGCGGGAAGCUAUACUUCUUUGCGUCUCUCAAGUAUCUCCCCUUUCUCAAUUUUUUACUGUGUCCUCUUGUAUUUCUGCUUAUGUUUCCUUCUGUUAGUAGCAGUUCUUCAUUAUCUACUUCAUCUAUUUUGUUUAAUAAUUUAUAAAUUUGGAUUAGGUCUCCCCUUUCUCUUCUUUGUUCCAGUGUUGUUAAGUUCAUUUCCUUUAAUCUUUCCUCGUAUAUUAAUCCCUCCAACUCUGGAACCAUUUUUGAUACCAUCCUCUGUAUUCUUUCUAGUUUCUACCUCUGCAUAUUCUAAUUUUGGUCUAAUCAUGGUAGUGAUUAGCCUUCUCAUCAUGUCCUUGUCCAUGUAGUUAAAUGCUACUCCAAUAUUUCUCACCAAGUUAUAUGUGUCUCUAAAGAUCCGAUUUAUAUGAUUCUGGUUGAUUAUCAUCCCUCAUCACUACUCCCAGAUCUCUCUCUUCAUGCACUUUUUUUAAUGUUU